AUGCGAAAACUUCCAGAUGCUGCAGCACAAUUUGUCGCUAUUAUUUUACGAAAUAGCAAAACACUCACCGAACUGGAUCUUCAGCAAAAUCGUAUUGGACAUAUAGGUGCUCGAUAUCUCGGUGAUGCAUUACGACAUAACAAGACUCUUACUUAUUUGAAUAUUCACUACAAUAACAUUGGUGAUGAUGGAAUUCAUUAUCUUGCUGAUGCAUUACGACAUAACGAAACACUCACCAGGCUGUACAUUGCUAACAAUAAAAUCACACAAAUUGGAGCUCAGCAUCUCACUACUGCAUUACGAGAUAACAAGACACUCAACGAGCUAGUGAUGGGCGGAAAUCAAAUUGGAGCUGAUGGAGCUCAACAUUUCGCUGCUAUGUUACGAGACAACAAGACACUCACCACGUUGCAUAUCGGAAACGGUGAAAUUGGAGAUGUUGGUGUACAAUAUCUCGCUGCUGCAUUGCAAGAUAACCAGACACUCACUGAUCUAAGUCUUGUCAACAAUCAAAUUACACAUGUAGGAGCUCAAUAUUUGGCUACUGCAAUACGAGAUAACAAGUCACUCAAGAAACUGAAUCUUCAAAUGAAUAAUAUCGGAGAUUUUGAAGCAAAACUUUUCGCUACUGCAUUACAGUAUAACAAGACACUCAAUACUCUAUAUAUUUCCAAUACGAACACGAUUUCACGAUCAUGUUAA